AUGCGGAACCGGCGCGAUGACUUCUCUGCACUGGCACCUCUCUAUCCCGACGCAAAAGUCAUUGGCGUAGAAAUUGCCGCGGUGCAGGAUCGCCGACAACUGGAACGGCCGAAUCUCGAAUACGUCCAGGGCCAUAUCCGCGAUCUGCUAAAAUUCAGUACCGAUCAGGAGUCUCGAGAGGGCUAUUUCGGCUAUGUAUUCAGCAGACAACUCUUGCUUGGCGUGGUGAAUUGGCCUGGAUACAUCAGGUCUGCGGCAAGUCUGCUCAAGCCGAUUAGAUGGCUCGAGGCUCAAGAGACGUCCAUGAGAUUCGCGUCCGCGACGAACGAAUAUAUCGCCGAUGACUGGCUUUUCUGUCCGGCUCUUGUCCAGGACGCCAGAGCUAUCGGCCUUGAUGUUGAAAUCGGACCUCGCGUUAUGGGACUGUUCCGCGAAUCAGGCUGA